AGGCGACGCGCGGCCGGUGGCAGCCAUGGCCGCCUUCUACGAGCGCCUGAGCCCGGCCGGCGGGAAGAAAUACAGCCCUGAAGAGAAUGUUUCUUGCUUCAGUAAAUUAACGUAUUCCUGGUUUAGCAGACUAAUAUCUAUAGGCUAUAAAAAGCCUCUGGAGAGAGAUGACCUGUUUGAACUGAAUGAAAGUGAUUCACCAUACAGCGUGGGUCCUAACUUUGAAAAGCAAUGGAGAAAAGCAAUCCAGAAGUCUUCUGCAGGAUUGACGGAUUCUUAUAUUGAAAGAAUGCUGUUUAAGUCAAGAAGUUUCUAUAAACCGUGUUUGAUUUUUCCACUGUGGCAAACAUUUAAGUUUUUAUUGCUCAAAGUUGCAUUUUUAAAAGCUGCAGCUGACAUUCUGGCUUUCAUGAGUCCACAAAUAAUGAAAUCAAUGAUAACUGUAAGUGAAAAUCACACGAGUUCACAUGGGAGUGGAUAUGGCUAUGCUAUUGCCCUGUUUUUUGUAGUUCUCUCACAGACUCUCCUACAUCAAUUAUACCAGCGUAACAACAUGCUUACUGCUGUCAAAAUCAAGACUGCUGUUGUUGGCCUGAUAUACAAAAAGGCGUUAACUUUAGCGAGUUCCUCACGACGAAGGUAUACAACUGGAGAGAUGGUUAACCUCAUGUCAGCAGAUGCUCAGCAACUCAUGGAGCUAAUCGUAAACAUCAACCUGUUGUGGUCAGCACCUUUUCAGAUCAUCAUGGCUGUCAUCUUUCUCUGGAAAGAACUUGGCCCCUCAGUACUAGCUGGUGUAGCAGUGCUUCUUCUGGUUAUACCUAUGAAUGCACUUAUUGCAGCCAAAGUAGAAAGUCUGAAGAAAAGCCAGAUGAAAUAUUCAGAUCAACGAGUCAAGUUACUAAGUGAAAUGUUACAUGGAAUAAAGAUCCUCAAACUUUAUGCAUGGGAACCUUCAUAUCAAAGGAAGGUCAUGGACAUUAGAGAACGUGAAGUGGAUGUUUUGAAGUCAUCAGGAUAUCUGGCGACUUACUCCAUGUUAACCUUGACGUGUAUUCCUUUUAUGGUCUCAUUGGCUACAUUUGGAGUCUACUUCUAUCUGGACAAGGAGAAUGUUUUAACAGCUGCUAAAGUUUUUACAUCUAUUUCUUUAUUUAACAUUUUGCGACUACCCUUGUUUGAUUUACCAUCUGUGAUCUCUGCUGUAGCCCAGACCAAAGUUUCUCUGAGCCGUUUAGAGGAUUUUCUGUUUGCUGAGGAUCUUAACCCUGAAGAUGUUGAUACAAACUACAGUGGAAACCAUGCUGUUGAGCUUAUUGGUGCUUCUUUCUGCUGGGAGAAAAAUGGCCUGCCAGUCUUAAAAAACUUGAGCGUCAGCAUACCUGAAGGCUCUUUAGUUGCUGUUGUGGGACAGGUUGGAUCUGGAAAAUCAUCUUUUCUUUCUGCUCUUCUUGGAGAAAUGGAGAAACUUGAAGGAACAGUUCAUAGAAGAGGUUCAGUGGCUUACUUGGCUCAGCAAGCUUGGAUUCAAAAUGGCAGUUUACAGGAAAACAUUCUCUUUGGCACAGAUCUAAAUAGAUCAUACUAUGAGCUUGUUUUAGAGUCAUGUGCUUUGCUGCCAGAUUUGGAACAAUUACCCAAUGGAGAUCAAACAGAGAUUGGAGAAAGGGGUGUCAAUAUAAGUGGAGGGCAGAAACAGAGAGUGAGUCUUGCUAGAGCUGUGUACAGCAAUGCUGACUUGUAUCUUCUGGAUGACCCUCUAUCUGCUGUAGAUGUACAUGUUGGAAAACACCUUUUUGAGAAGCUCAUUGGGCCUUCAGGUCUCUUAAAAAGCAAGACUCGUGUUUUGGUGACACAUAACUUAACACUCCUGCCUCAUGCUGAUCUUAUAAUACUAAUGGAAGAAGGGAAAAUAAGUGAAAUGGGGAGCUACCAAGAACUCAUUUCAAAGAGAGCUAAAUUUGUUGAGCUUAUUCAGAUCUUCAGUGCAGAGAACAGAAGUGAAAAGGCAACCGCAAAUGAAGUGAGUUCUUCAAAUGAGGAGUGCCAACUAGGGAGGAGUCUGCAGCGAAGAGAGACGUUGAAACCCAGGCAUUCUUCAGAUCAGUGGAAAAUACUCAGAAAGAAUAAAGAAAAAGUUGCCACUGGUGGUAUGAAAAUGUCAAUUGUUUUAAAAUACCUCCAAGCCUUCGACUGGCGAUGGAUGUGGCUAACCGUGGCUGCUUAUUUAGGACAAAAUGCUCUAGCCAUUGGGCAAAAUCUGUGGCUUAGCACCUGGACUGCAGAGACAGCAAAAAUCAGUGAUUUCACAGAAUGGAAACAGUCACGAAAUUACAAUCUUGGUAUUUAUGGGCUUUUGGGAUUUUUACAAGGUCUGCUUGUUUGCUGUGGUGCCUAUGUGCUCACCCAGGGCUCCCUUGCUGCUUCUAGGACAUUACAUCAUCAGCUGUUGGACAGUGUAUUGCACCUUCCUCUUCAGCAUUUUGAAACUAAUCCAGUAGGUCAGAUUAUCAAUAGAUUCACAAAGGACUUAUUUAUAGUGGACAUACGUUUUCAUUAUUACUUGCGAAGUUGGCUGAACUGUACACUAGAUGUUAUUGGAACCGUUCUAGUUAUCACGUUUUCCUCACCACUGUUCAUAGUGGUAGUUAUUCCCCUGGGAUACUUGUAUUUUGUUAUCCAAAGAUACUACAUAGCGAGCUCACGACAAAUUCGACGGCUAGCAGGAGCAUCACAUUCUCCUGUCAUCUCCCACUUCACAGAGACUAUCCUAGGAGGAUCAACAAUCAGAGCAUUUGGCCACCAGGAGAGAUUCAUUAGAAAAAAUAAUGAUGUUGUAUAUGAGAAUUUAGUUUAUUUCUACAACAAUGUCAUCUCAAACAGGUGGCUAUCUGUCAGGCUUGAAUUUCUUGGGAAUUUAAUGGUGUUCUUUGCUGCACUGUUUGUAGUACUGGCUGGAAAUACAGUGAGUUCUUCUGCAGUGGGUUUAUCAAUAUCAUACGCUCUAAAUAUAAUUCAGAGUCUAAAUUUUUGGGUGCGUAAAGCAUGUGAAAUCGAGACCAAUGCGGUUUCAAUUGAAAGAGUUUGUGAAUAUGCAAACAUGGAUAAAGAGAAACCAUGGAUUACAUCAAAAAGACCACCAGUAGGGUGGCCUGAUAGAGGAAUAAUAGAGUUUGUUAACUACAAAGCUCAGUACAGGAAGGAUCUUGGUUUAGCCCUGAAUGACAUCUCCUUUCAGACGAGAAAUAAAGAGAAGGUUGGAAUUGUAGGAAGAACAGGAGCUGGUAAAUCAACACUCACAAAUUGCUUGUUUAGAGUUCUAGAGGGAUCUGGAGGCAAAAUAAUUAUAGAUGGAAUCGAUAUAUCAACUAUUGGACUCCAUGACCUGCGUGGAAACCUUAACAUUAUUCCACAGGAUCCCGUCUUGUUUUCUGGGACACUGCAGUCAAACUUAGAUCCACUCGGAAAACAUUCUGAUCAUGAACUGUGGGAGGCACUGGAACUGUGUGACUUGAAGAGUUUUGUCCAAUCACUUCCAAAGAAGCUCUUUCAUGAGAUUUCAGAAGGUGGUGAAAACCUCAGUGUUGGCCAGAGACAGCUAGUCUGUCUGGCCCGUGUUUUGCUACGAAAAAAAAAAGUCCUAGUCCUUGAUGAAGCAACAGCUUCUGUUGAUAUGGAAACAGAUAACUUGGUGCAGUCCACCAUCAAAAGAGAGUUUUGCAACUGCACGAUAUUAACAAUAGCCCACAGAUUACAUACAGUCAUGGAUUCAGAAAGAGUGCUUGUUCUGGAUGCAGGAAGGAUUCUAGAAUAUGAUACACCACAUAAUUUGUUACAACGAAAGGGUGCCUUCUCUGAAAUGGUUGCAGAGGCGGGUAUAACAAGAUAAAGAAAACUAAUGAAUAAAUUCUUAAUGAAGACGAGAAUUCCCUGAACUGGUACGCUCUCUAAAGAUAAGCAGCAUUCCUGAUGUUAUGAACUUCCUUGAAAGUUCCUGACAACAUUACUGCUUACUACAACUACAGUCCAUACAUAAUGAUCAGGUUUCUUAAAUUAACUUCCUGUUUUUAUACAAAUCACUGAUUUUGAUUAUAUUGGUACUGGACUAACACAAUGAAGGAGUGAUUUUCAUGGCAUAUUAGAAAUAUUGCACUAGUAAAGAUGGAUUAAAAAAAAAAAAAUCUUGCUCUUCA